AUGGCCAUGUCCAUUCAUGACAAGGUCCGCAACAUGGCAUGUGCGCAAGGCGCGCCUUUGACGGCGGAUGUGCUCCUUCGGGCUGAGCGCCGGCAAGUCACAUGCGCACAAAAUGACCCCUUCUCUCAUUGGGCCCUUCUCGUGCAAGGUCGGCUUAACGGUGGCUUCGUGCCACCAAGCAUUCCGUCGCGGUGGCGGAAGAGCUCGGUUGUGAAGCCCCAUGAAGAUGCCGGUGCGCCGCAGGAUCCGGGUCUGACAGCCGAUGACACGAGCGUGACUUCGUCGACGCCGUCGACCUACGCGGAUACUCAUGCGGCCCAGCCAUCAUCGCGGCGGCGAAAACUCUGGAUGCCUGGAACGCACAUUGACGAGCUUAGCACGCCGGGCCAGUUCCCUGAGGGCGAGAGCCGAGCGAGUGCACGCGACUUUUUAAUGGCCUCACUGAAGUUGCCCGCACUGCUGGGUCUGGAUACAAACUUUAAGGCGGACACAGGCUUCUUUGGGUUGGACCAGUCGGGCAAUACGGAGACGGAGGACAGCGCGACGCCCGAGAUCCCGACGCGCGCACCAGGCGAUACGGACAUUGAAACGGAUCCGGAGGACCGCACAGACUACGUUGAGUAUCCUCGUAAAGCGCCGAAAGAGAGGCAAAAAAGUUAUAAUGCUGGCGUAAAGAGCUCACCGGAGCAUGUCUCCCCGCGGGCGGUGCCACGACGGCUGGACGACGACACCUGGAGCAUCGGAGACAAUGCGGACGGCCACAUGGCGAAUAGUUCGAACGAGUUGCACCCCAGUGCACCACGGUCGGCUGCGUUGAGCAAGACUCUGCAUGAGCUGGACGAAGUCGAGAUCAGCGAGUUUCUAAAUCACUUUAGCCGACACACGCGCGAAGUGCAUCUCCCUAGCGCAGCGCGGCACUUCACGCGUAUGCCGCAGUGGUCCGACUUUGCGUACUCGUCCGACGAGGACGAAGAGAACAUCCAGCCAUUUGCACCAAGCGAGUCGCUUGCCAAUCGCCACCGCCGCUCGCGCUUGCUCAUGCAUGUGGAUCGUGGACUGCACAUGCUCGAAGUGCCCAACGUGGCAGUACCGAGUGUUGUGACAUCGGCGUGCUCGACGCCUGGCGAUAAUUCAACGACCCGGCGUCGAGGCAUCGAUGGCGAUUUGCAGCGCUCCAAUUCGAUGAGCACCAUGCCGGAGGUCGCCAAGCUUAAGGAGGGUGUGGAUGCGGCGAUGCCGGCGGGUAUAUCAACUAGUGGUGCCUCUGAGAAACUCCUGGACUCGCCCAUCAAUGACCGAUCGCAAAAGCAUUUUCGUGUUGCUGACGAUGCCGCCGAGAUCCCGCCCGACUUGCACGACGAUCAUGUGGAUGGUGUGGCGUUCUGUGUGGCUUACUUUCUCGCACUGGUCGAGCAGUACGCGCCAGACGACCUGGACGAGGCGCCGGUGACCGAGUACCGCGAGAGCCGCGCACGCUCGCACAUUGAACGUUUGUAUAUCAUUGCGCCUUUCUGGGAGCAGCUCGCGGCGAAUCUACGUACGCUGUACUGCUGGGAAGUCCCGCGACGCACGGCGGCCGCGGCUAUGAUCUAUUUUGUGCUAUGGUACACGGACAUGCUGCCGAGUGCCUUUUUCCUGACGCUGCUGUACUACGUGCUGCAGUUCCGUUACUUUCCGCAGGACGAGUCGCUGCUGCACCAGCGUGUGCACGAGCGCAUGGUGCGCGGGCAGCAUGCGAACCGCUUGGCGGAACGCCUCAAGCGGCGAAGUCGGCUGGACAUUUUGGAUCUGUACAAGCGGUGGGCAAGUACGUAUGGUGUUGUAAGCCAAGUGGCGGCGGGCGACGUCGCCGACUUUCACGAAAAGAUCAAGAACCUGCUGCUAUGGCGCAACCCCCGGGCGAGCCAGCGGACUGCGAUUAUCCUGCUGCUGAUCAGCCUCCUUGUGACGCUUGUCAGUCCGGCGCUCGUGUUCAAGGCGUUUUUCUUUUUCUGUGGCAUUACGUUUUUUGCGCUCAUGCCGCUGCAGACGCUGUAUCCCCGGUACCGACGCGCACUCAACCCGCUGUGGUGGGCCGUGCUGGGUGCGCCGACCGAUGCGCAAUGGGCGAUCCAGCUGCUCCGCAAGCGCCACAGGCGGUACCAAGAGUGGCUACACACGAUGGAGACGCGUCGGAGCCCGGGCGGCGGCACGACGAGCGGCGGCUACACGAGCAGCUCGGAUGUGCCGCCGCCGCCGCUAACCGCUGCAGACGGGCGCUUCGCACAACUGCCAGCAGACACCGCGCCGGCGGAGUCCACGUCGAAGCGCUCAAAAUCGAAUGACGACAUGGACCGGCGCAAGCUCGAUACGUUCCUGUGUCAGCUCCAUGGUGUGCCCGGCCACUUGGUCGUCACGCCAUCGCACGUGUACUUUAGUUCCCUACGCGUAAUGGGCGCUGGCAACAAGCACUAUGUGACGCGCCUCGAAGAUAUCAUGGGCCUGCGCAAGACGCAAGGCAGCCGCUUCUGGCUGUGGGACAGCCACGGUUUGAAGAUCACGCGACGCGGCCGCAACACGUUGCUGCUGGCCAAUAUGGCGCGCCGCGACGAGGCAUUCAACCUGCUGCUCACCCUCGCCUCGCACCAGAUCCAGGACUUGUAG